AACCGGUCCACGAGGUAAUCAUGGUUCCCACUCCGUUGUUCGUUUGCCGUCUCUCGAGUCGCUCUGUUCAUUUCUCUUUCCGCAACAAUCCGAAAGUCAUCGUCGUCGCGAUCGAGUGUCCGUCUGUGCGUCUGAUUUGUGUUGAACAUCAGUCAAGAUGAUGCUGGUACAGCCUAAAAAUGAAAUGUCUAAGCAGAUACAGAUUGAGCUGAAUGAGAAUCCGGCGACUCGUGAUAAGGACCUCGAGAUGAUUAAGGAAUGGCUUGCUAAACAACCUCAUUUACCUCAAUUUGAUGAUGACCAAAGAAUAAUGACAUUUCUACGCGGAUCCAAAUUUUCUUUGGAGAAAUGCAAACAAAAACUGGACAUGUAUUUCACGAUGCGCGCAGUGAUUCCUGAAUUUUUUUCUGAUCGCGAUAUAACGAGGCCGUCAAUGCAAGAAGUAGCGAAAUAUGUACAAAUACCUGUUUUGCCUGGAUUAACAAAGAACGGACGUCGUGUGAUCAUAAUGCGAGGUAUAUUUCCUAAAGAUAUGCCAAUAACCGUUUCCAAUAUUACGGAAGCUAUGAAGAUAGUGUUUAUGAUCGGCGAUGUGCGCCUCAAGGAGGAGACCCACGGCGUUGCCGGCGACGUUUAUAUUUUCGACGCUUCUAUUGCGACGCCUUCGUAUUUUGCCAAGUUUACGCCGACCUUAGUAAAGAAGUUUCUGGUCUGUGCUCAAGAGGCGUAUCCAGCAAAAGUGAAAGAGGUGCAUAUAGUAAACAUCAGUUCGCUCAUCGAUACGAUUCUCAAUUUCGUCAAGCCGUUCCUGAAGGAGAAAAUACGCAAUCGCAUCUACACGCAUAGCAACAUCGAGUCACUCUACGAUUACGUACCUAAGGAGAUACUGCCGACUGAAUACGGUGGAGACGCCGGUCCCAUCCAUGAUCUGCAUGAGAUGUGGAUGAAGAAAUUGGAAAAAUAUGGACCGUGGUUCGCGGAACAGGAAUCUGUGAAAGCUAACGAGGCCUUACGACCAGAUAAACCAAAGACGCAGGACGAUCUAUUCGGUAUUGAUGGAUCGUUCCGGCAGCUGACUAUCGAUUAAAUUGAUUAAUGCAUCACAGGUGUGUCGGCAAUGUAAUCAUCGCCAACGGCAAUCGUUAAUUAGAACGUUCGUUUGCGUUAGGAGCAGAAACUUUGACGUCAACCGAUUGUACGUUAUGACCGUGAUCAAUAUUUUAAUGCAUUUUUCUUUCAAACAGCUAUAAUAGAAUUAUAAACUUUUGUACAGAAUUUAUAUACGAUAUCGAUUUUCUUCAAAAUCAUUUACGAUGAUAAUCAAUAAAAAAAAUUUAAUUGGAAAACUCAUUUGUGGAGAAUAAUAAAAAUAAAAAAUAUUCUGACAAAAAAAUAACGCAACGUUAAUAUAGAGGAUAUUUUGCACCUUUUUAUUAUUAACGAUAGUUUAUUUAUUUUGAUUAUUGAAUUAGAAACACUCUCUAAUUACAAUAUUGAUUAUAAUUAAAAAAGCAUUGUUUAAAAUAAUUUAAAAAAUGUAUAUAUAUAUAUAUAUAUAUAUAUAUAUAUAUAUAUAUAUAUAUAUAAGAGUAUAUCAAUGAUGAAAAAUCCCAAAAAUUUUUUAUUUCUUGAAUCACAAUGUGUAAUUGAUAUAUUUCAAACAAUUAUUUUAUUAAUAAGAUUAUGUGUGUAUAUAUGUAACAUGCUGACGUUACUUAUCGUUUACGCAAUAUGUUUUUCAAUUUGAUAUAUUUUAUUGACAUCCCAUUUCGAGAAUUACGUGAAUAAAAUCUCCAAAAAAAAUGCACGAUUACAACUAAUUGUCUUAAAAUUGAUUAAACUUUUGUCGUCAAUUUUCCAAAAUACAUUGUCUUCACAAGUAUAUGUAUAUUCACUACACGUGGCAUACAAAAUGCUUGAAAGAUCGUAUCAAAGUCUACUUUGAUUGAUACACUAAAAGCAUGACAAAUAUACUAAAAGAACUGAAUAUUUUUGUUUA